CAGUAUGUAAAUGCUUCUACUCACACAACUUUUUGUUAAAAUGCAACCAAGCAACUAUUGAACUCAACGUUAUGUCCUAGCAUGGACAAUAAGAAAACCAAGAAGAAGGAGAAGAGACAUCCACAGGUGGUCAAUGUACAUACCUUUAUGAAACCAACCAUCACUUACUUGCAGAAAAUACAGCCAUCCUCUGAGAUAAGGUCAUCCAUGUCUCCUGAUUAUGUUAUGAGGAAUUUCAAGAAACACCUGACAAAAUAUGAGCAGAAAGAAAUCCUGGAUUACCAACAGGUGUGGCACAUAGGAAAGCAGGCCACAAAGAUUGAUCCCCGAACCCAUCAGUUCAACUCUGGCUAUGACACUAAGAAAGGAAUCUACAGAGUGGUCAUCAAUGACCACUUGGCCUACCGCUAUCAAAUCUUGGAAGUGCUUGGGCAAUGCUUCUCUGGACAGGUCCUCAAAUGCAUGGACCACAAGCCCAAGCGGCUUGUGGUCAUCAAGGUCAUUAGAAACAAGGACGGUGUUCAUGAGGUGGCAAUGCCCGAAACUGACAUUUUGAAAGCUGUGCAACAGUUUAACAGGAAUAACUCAGCAAACAACGUCCAUAUGAAGGAGAAAUUCUACUUCCGCAGUCACCUAUGCAUCACUUUUGAUCUAUUUCUCGAGGACCAUUAUGAAUCAAGCUACACCAACAAAAAUCAACUCACAGAAGAAAUGAUGAAAAAAUACACCAUGGACAUUCUGAAAUGUCUAGAGCUGCAUAGAGAGAAGAUUGUCCUGCAUGACCAAAAACUGAAAUGUAUCUUCAUAAUUGGCAACGGGACAGUAUUGAACUCAAAGUCUAAUGCCAAAGACAGUGUCUACCACACUGGACCUACAGUCCUACCAUCACAAGCCGAGGGUGCUCAGAAAACCCAUAGGGAUUUAAGACAAAAACAAUCUGCCCUGCUCAGUGACCAGCAGAAGUGCGACAAGACAUCCUCUGUCAAAAAAUCAGGUGUCAUGUCUUCUGAAUAUGUUCUGGGAAAUCUCAUUCAAUAUCUGACAAAAUAUGAGAAGAAAGAAAUCCAGGACUAUAAACAGGUGUGGUAUGUGGGAGAGGAGGUCAAAAAGGUUGAUGAUGCCUCCCAAACCGAACAGUUCAACUAUGGCUAUGACACUAAGGAAGGAAUCUACAUCGCAGUCAUCAAUGACCACUUGGCCUACCGCUAUCAAAUCCUGGAGGUGCUUGGGCAAGGCUUCUCUGGACAGGUCCUCAAAUGCAUGGACCACAAGACUGAUAAGCUUGUGGCCAUCAAGGUCAUUAGAAACCAAAAGAGCGUUUACAAUGCUGUAUUGCCCGAAGUGAGGAUUCUAGAAGCCCUGCAAAGGUUUGACAAGGAUAACUCAGCCAACAUCGUCCAUAUGAAAGAGAAAUUCAUCUUCCGCGGUCACCUGUGCAUCACUUUUGAUAACUUUCUUAUGGACCUUUAUACAUUGCAACAAACCAACAAGGGUCGAGUAACAAAGAAAGAGCUGAAAAAAUACACCAUCGAAAUCCUGAAAUGUCUAGAGCUGCUUAAAGAGAAGAAUAUCGUCCAUGGUGACCUUAAACCGGAAAACGUGCUGAUCUACAAAAAGGAUGGUGAGACGCAUGUAGCUGUCGCUGACUUUGGGGGGAGCUACUAUGUGACAAGAGAAGAUAGACCUCGUGUGUUCACUAAGGCAUUUAUGCCUCCGGAGCUGCUCCUUGGCAAAAAGUGUGAGCCACCAAUGGACAUGUGGAGCCUGGGCUGCAUCAUCGCAGAGCUUCACUGUGGUGUCCGUCUUUUUAAUGGAUGUGACCAUCCAUGUGUCUUCGCAAUGAUAAUGGAGGUGCUGGGUCUCCCUCCUAUGGGGCUGCUAGUCGGAGCCCCCAAAAGAAAAAACUACUUUGAUUCUAAUGGUAUCCCAUACAUAAGAAAAUGCAGAAUCGCUCUGGCCACAAAGCUGGCCACUAGGAAUAAUAAUUUCAUCAAUUUCAUCGAGCGCUGCCUUGAAUAUGAUCCAAAAUGGCGCAUGACACCAAAGCAGGCCUUGCAGCAUCCAUGGAUUCAUGAAAGCUCCGAAUGUGCAACUAGCAGCGGCGGCGGGGGGGUGGGGGGACAAGCAGGGCCUUAA